AUGACCAUUGAAUUAGAAGAGCCACCACUCACACAAGACAACAAGCAGGUAGCAAAAGAUCUUUUUGCAGGAACGAUGGGGGGUAUAGCCCAAGUCUUGGUUGGCCAACCAUUUGACACAGUAAAAGUCAGAUUGCAAUCGGCGCCCGAAGGAACAUACAAUGGAUCCCUUGAUGUUAUAAAAAAGCUUUUGGCUACUGAGGGACCAAGAGGGUUUUAUAAAGGUACAUUAACGCCACUUGUGGGUGUAGGGGCUUGUGUGUCUGUGCAGUUUUCGGUCAAUGAAUACAUGAAACGUUAUUAUGAUAAGAAAUUAAAUGGACAACCAAUGUCUAUUAUAGAUUACUUUGUCUGUGGUGGUGUUGCUGGUUUUGCCAAUGGGUUUUUAGCUAGUCCAAUUGAACAUAUUCGUAUCAGGUUGCAAACACAAACAGGAAACUCAAAGAAUUUUAAUGGUCCUUUGGAUUGUGCUAAAAAGAUUUACCAAACAGACGGAAUUAAAGGAAUUUACAAAGGAUUAAUUCCAACUUUGAUCAGAGAAUCUGUUGGGUUGGGAAUAUAUUUUGCCACCUAUGAAGCAUUGAUUGCCCGAGAAUUGAAGACAGACCCUAAGUUGACAAGAAAAGAUAUUCCAGCUUGGAAAUUGUGUACUUUUGGUGGGUUAUCUGGAUAUACUCUUUGGAUUGGCAUUUAUCCUAUAGAUGUCAUCAAGUCCAAAUUGCAAACUGAUUCGUUAAAAGAUCCAAAAUAUAAGAGUUCAUUGGCGGUCAUAAAAGAUGUUUUUCGAACACAGGGUAUAAGAGGUUUUUAUAGGGGGUUCUUACCUACUAUAUUGAGAGCUGCCCCUGCAAAUGGGGCAACAUUUGCAGUGUUCGAAGUGACAAUUAGACUAUUGGGAUAG